GACAUGUACAGCUUAAGAUAUCAUGUAAAAAGUCUAAGAUUUGGCAAUUCUUUAAGAAGGAAAGACUGUGCUUUUGCUUUUGGCCGCAUGAUGGCUGCAUGGUGCGAAAGUGCCACACCCUAGGGACAGAAUUUCAAGAUUCAGGAUUUAACUGACAGUUAUGUCCCUGGCAUAGCCGACUCUGUCUCACUUCGCAAACGAGCUCAGCGCCUAUUGCAAGCUGAACAUAUAAAGCGUUAGGUUUUGUGGGAGACCGCCGCAGGAGCACUAACGAAUACAAGCAUCCUGGCGUCUUCGACAACUACCAAAACCCGCCGCAUCAGCGAGCAAUCAUCUAUGUCCUACCCCUACUUCGUCCCGGAUAAUCUUGUGGUGCACCCCCCUGAAGGGCACUUAGAGAGGGGACUAGUGAAGCACAUUGUAAUCCGUGGAAGGGAGUUCAAGUCCUUCGCGUAUCGGUACGUUGAGAAGAGCCUGCUGUUACAGCAUCUUAGCUUGUCAGCGGGGAUCCAUGUGUUGGACAGGCUCGUGGUGAUGUGCUUUCGCCCAUGCGCAGAUGGAUCGAACGAUCACGUGAUUGAUGUGCUCCAGAGGGGGAUUUGUCUUGAAGGCGCGACAUAUAAGUUUCUGGGUCACUCCGAGUCGCAACUCAGAGAGAAAACGUGCUUUCUUAUAAACGACUCUGAGCUUGCGAUUCACGACAUCUUGGCGAAAUUUGUGGACUUCGACAAAAUCAAGGGGCCGCGGAAACAGGCAGAAUGCGUAGGACUCCUCCUUGAGAGUUUCGACAAGACGCUUUAUCUCAAAGAAGACGACUUUGUUGUCAUCAAAGACGUCAAAAGAUCGGGGAUGAAUUUCACCAAAGGGUGUGGUUUCAUGUCGCUACAGUUCGCCACUGCCAUUCAGAUGCUGGAGGGUCUUGCUGCCCCUCCAAGUGUAGCUCAAGUCAUCCAUCAGGGAUUCGCAGGUGUUCUAGUGCUUCGCACUGACUUGAACGCUGUACAGGUGGAGUUCAGAGAAUCCAUGAAGAAGUUUUCCAUCCCAGACCCGGAGAUCCGGGAAGUUUUUUCCUCCGUAGGUGUCCUUGACUACUCCAAGCCUUACCGCUCUGGAUACCUCAACACGCAGAUUGUCAUGCUAUUGGCUGAUGGCGGGGUGUCUUGCGACUAUCUCAGGCACUUACAGGACGAGUAUUACGACUUGUUGAACAACUUGUCUGCGAGCAAGACUCGCGCGGCGUUCUUCCUUAGAACUACAGGGAACAUCAGCCUCUUGGCCAGCGUCAAGCAGAUGGGACUGGAAUACACGUGGACGGACUUGGAGAAAUUACGGAGCAAGGAACUGGACAACAUGAAGCGUGCGGAUCAGUUGGAAGGUGGCCGAGGGCUACCCAACUCUCAUCACGGCCGGAAGACGCGAUUGAGGGUGCUUGUACCUAAGUCUCGGAUGGUGUUCGGAGUAUGCGACCCUUAUGAGGUUCUGCGACAAGGUGAGUGUUACUUCAGACCAAGUAUCUUUGACGAGGACGAGGGAGACUUCCAGGCUGCGAAUAAAGUUGCAGUGAUCCGCAACCCUUGUUACCACCCUGGUGACGUCAGGGUACUGAAGUUAGUCCGUAAUAAGCCCGAGCUCAAUCACUUGAGGGACUGUAUCGUGUUCCCCGUAAGGGGACGCCGCCCGCAUGCCCUGGAGUGCUCCGGGGCAGAUAUGGAUGGGGACAAAUUCUUCGUCACUUGGGACAAUAAUCUCAUCCCGCGUUGGAGAGUAGCCCCUUACGAGUAUGGGCCCAGUGCUGUGGGGCACCUCGGGGGCACUCUUCGCGCAAGCAGCAGGGAGUCCUUCAGGAGUAUUAAGCGGCAGGUUCGGCAGCGGGGCCAAGUGAGGAUGCCCUCACUAUUUGGGAGCCCGGAUGACUACGAUCGUCAGCGAAAGCUCAAAUUCCGCCAAGGUCUUGCAGAAUACUUCGCAAAAUUCGAAAUAGAUAUCUUUGGCAAGUUAGAUUCGGUGUUUAUGAAGUAUGCAUCAGUCUGCGGUCCGUCAUCCCCUGAGUGCCGACAGCUGCACAAAUGCUUCGCGCACCUGGCAGCGGGAGGGACUGGGAACGAGGAGGAGCGAACAGUUGACCGCCUUGAGAAGGCGUUUGAGAGCCUCGAUAUGGAAGCGAGGCCAAGGCCUGGGAUCGUUCGGCGCGUGGGGGUGAGGCUCGGCUUGGUAAAGCCCGAGUUCCAGGAAGGAGAUGACGUAUGGGAAGCGAUGGAGAGGAGAGCCCGAGAGUUCCUGGGACGAGAUGAGGCGAGUAGUUCAGCGGCUGACAAUAGUUUGCAGGAAUAGGUCCUACCCAUGAUGCAUUGGGUGCCUUUAAAACACUGCCACUGACGAGGUGGAAUUGCUGGUUUUCAUUCGCCGAUUUGUAGGGCCAAUUAUGUGUCCAUGUCCAUUCAGUCUUACUAAUACCCUGACACUACUCACAGUUUUUUGGUAUCAUACCCAAAUUUCCGAGCUUUCCGAUACCAGUCUUCAUAUGACAGGCCGAGCGAUAAGUGCCACCACUGACAUUUGCGAGUCGCGCUUUCGGGUUUUCGGUGGCGCGGGAACCAGUGGAACCCUGGGUAAUCUUGGUAAUCUGGCUCAGUCAUUCGUUUAUGUCGGUGUUGAGAUCGACUCAACUCAACGGUACAUUUUUAGGAACUCGGUGCAAGCCACGCUUAGCUUGGUUUUAUUUGUAUUUCGAAAUCGUGAAUUUUGAGACACGGUUUUAACUAAAAAAAAAUACCAAAUGAGGCAGCUCCACAAAUUUGACCCUCCCCCUAAGAAAACGUUACACAUUUAGCCACCCACAAGAAAUGGCACUAAAUUGGCUUCCACAACACGUCCAGAUGUUUGAACGAGAUCAAAACAUUUUCAUCAAACAUUCGUGUUGAAUGUACAUGUUUUACAGUUUAGCUGGCCAUUAAACUCAUCACACGCACGCUUCGUGCUCUUAUAUCGUCCCAGGGCUCGUGUAUAUAAUGGGCAAGAGUUGGAUAUCAAUAUUUCACGAACAUGUUGGCCAGGCGUUAAGGUUGAUACUAUACAACAGAAUAAUUCAGAGUUUAAAAAAUCAGCAAGUCCAUUUUUUCUCAGGAAAUUUCAUUGAUUACUUUGUCUGGUGCUUAACACUUCUUGCUGGGUGUAAUUAGUGGCAAAGGAAAGAAGUAGACGGGGGUGAUCGUCCUAUCUUUUAGGGUAUAAAAUUCUACUAACUGACAUUCCUUAGGGGGUGCUUACGCUAAUGGAUCAUCAUGUAGUCAGGAAAGAGAUGUGCUUGAUGGCGUCUGUGUGAACAUCCUUUUAAGUGCUUUGAGUAGGAAUUGCUUCGACCACCCCUAAUGUUCUAUCUUUUAGGGGUAAGAAUCGCUUGUCGCUACACCCAAAGUGCUAUCCCUUAGGGUUAAAUCGAUUUUGCCGACGAUCACCCUCGUCUGUUUUUAUAGGAGUCCCCUCAUCCGCCCCCCACCCGGAAGAUUUCUAUGUCUGUACUUGUGUAUUAUGGACAUUCUCCAACACGGGUACUAUUUUUCAUAAUUGUUGAUGGUUUAUUGUAUAUACAUGACUUACUGAACAAAGAAAAAAAAAAGAUUAUUGUAUAUAUGACGCUACCGAACAAAAAAUAAAAUUAAAAUGACCAUAAUGUGGCCGUGAGAAGACAAACCUCUGUAACAGACCUGGUUAGUAAUAAUUUCGGCCAAUAAUUUCUUGGAAGGUUUUCAGGUUGGCUUAUUUUCCACCGGGUCGGUGGAAUUUUCUAGUAUUUCUUUAAUUUUUUUUUGUUGAGUGGAAAAUUUCUAGGGGCUCAUUUUUUUUGGCAAGAAAAUAUUCCACUAACUUCCCCAUAGUAGAACUGGACAAAUUAGGACCUGUGAUUGUUGUCAAUUACCGUAAUUGCUCCAAUAAGCAGCGGGGCACAUAUUUAUGUAUUUUUAUUUUAAGAUAUAAAAGUGCUAUUAUAUGCGAGGUCAUUUCACAUGUUAUAAAAAGGAACUAAAAACUCUAUCCCAUAUAUACAGUAUAUGCUAGUGUCCCUUAUACAGGGUUUGUACAGUUUUUCACGAAUCAAAUUUAAUGAGUUUAUGAAGUAAUUCAAGAACUAGUAAAAAUGUUGAUAUCGUU